GAGGCUGCUUGCUUUUUGACAAGGGCAAGUGUUGAUGCUUCAAUUUGUUGAGGCUGCUGUCCUCCAUGUGAUGGUGACGAUGCUUGAAUAUAGUAUGCAGUUUGGUGUCUAGUCAUGUCUUUAUAUCCCCUCCAUUAUCAUCACUCUGUUUCCCCAAUUCUUCUGCAUCGCCAAACUCCGAUUUUAAUCAUUUAUCAUUGAAUCAAUCCUUCUUAGAACAUGUUGUCCUCUGACAUUAGUCGUUUUGACGUGGUAGCUAUUCUUGGAACUUCAAUUCUUAUUUACUGCAUCUUGGGCGUUGUAUAUCGUCUUUACUUCCACCCACUAUCCAGAUUUCCGGGUCCUCUAUUGCCUGCAGUCACCCUCUGGUCGGAAUUUUAUUAUGAAUGCAUCCAAUCAGGCCAGUACUUCCUCAAGAUUGCACAGUGGCACGAAAAAUAUGGUCCAAUCAUCCGGAUUGGGCCAAAUGAAAUUCACGUCAGUGAUCCCGAAUACUAUAACACCCUAUUCUCUUAUAAUGCCGUGAGAAACAAAGAUCCGUUCUACACAGCACAGUUCAAUACGCCAGAUACAGAAUUCGGAGCCGAGGAUCACUAUGUUCAUCGAAUGAGAAGGUCUGCACUCAAUCCAUUCUUCUCGAAAGCUUCGAUAGAUCGCCUUUCCCCUAUGUUAACAUCUAUGGUCGAGAAACUCUCAUCACGUCUCGAGGAGUUUCGUAACACGAAUCAACCGCUUAACAUUCGCCUUCCAUUUCAAUGUUAUACGGCCGACAUUGUUACACUGUACGCAACCAAUCGUUGUUGGAACCAUCUCGAUACUCCAGAUUUUAAUCCCUCAUGGGCACAAACCUUUGUUGCUAUAUCUGUCAUAUCAAAAUGGGCCAAGUUUUUCCCAAGUUUCUAUACCUUGCUGGAACAUGCUCCGCACUGGAUACUAAAUAGAUAUGCUCCGGGUGCCAUUCUUACGCUUGACCAUAAUAAUAAAAUUCGCACCCAAAUCCGCGAAAUCCUUUCUGGCAACAUCCUCCCAGUCGACAUCCCAAUCGAUGGCUUCCCACGCACCAUAUUUCAUAAUUUCCUCUCCUCUUCUUUGCCGGAUAGCGAAAAGAAGUUUUCUAACAUGAGUCAGGAGGCUAUUAAUAUCAUCGGGGCGGGUACGGAUACGACGGCUCAUGCCUUGAUGAUUUUGAUGUACUAUUUAGCUAUUGAUGCGGUGAGGUAUGAGAAGUUGAGGGAAGAAUUAAGGGGUGUGGGAUUCGAAAUGAGAGAGGAUGGGGGAGAGGAUGGGGGGUUCAAGAAAUUGGAGCUGGGGAUGGUGGAGAGAUUGGUUUAUUUGAAUGCUUGUGCCCUUGAAGGAUUACGUCUUUCCUACGGCGUCUCAAGUCGACUAGCUCGCAUCGCACCCAAAGAGAACUUGCGAUAUGGUAAAUGGGAAAUCCCCGCCGGCACACCCGUCGGAAUGAGCACCAUGCUUCAACAUCACAAUGAACAAAUCUUCCCUUCCUCCCAUCAAUUUAUUCCCGAAAGAUGGAUUUUGGAGAAUGGGACUAUUAACCAUGCUCUUGAGAAGUAUCUUGUUACUUUUUCGCGAGGGGCAAGGAGUUGUAUUGGCCAGGUUCUCGCAAAAGCGGAAAUCCACCUCGCCCUCGCAGUCGUGGUAUCGCGUUUCCGAAUCCAGCUCUACGAGACGGAUUUCGAGAGAGAUGUCAUGGUAAAGCGGGAUUAUUUUUUGCCGCAGCCGGGAAGUGAUAGUAGAGGGGUGAGGGUUUUGUUGCGUUAGUUUCUUGGGAGCGUGGGAAGGGAGACUCUUUGCUGGGAUUUUGAGGAGUGUGUGGAAAUUGGGUGGUGUUAGGUGGUGAGGUGAGGUGGGACGAAAUGAGAUGGGAUAUAUUAUGAUUACGUGGAAGUUGGAAGUUGGAAGUUGGUAGCAGGAUUGAUGAUUAUUCUCCGAUUGUGAAUUUUUGUUCUUUUUUUUUUUUUUUUUUUAAAAAAAAAAAAAAAAAAAAACAUUAUUCUGGGUUUUGCGGUACCAAAUUGGCAAAUAUAUCAAUGUUGUUUUA